AGCUGGCAAAGGAGCUGGCUAAUUCCCCCGCAAUAUCCAGCCUGUCGAUCUUGAUGCCCUGGUGGCGCCCUCUGGUACUACGGCCGGACCUCAGGGCUCUUAAUACCCCCCUAGAUUGAUUGACAUAUCCCUUGUCGCGUUUUCUUUUGAUGCUCACAGCUGGUCCGUUCGAGCAAGCACUUCCGAAGCUCUGCGCGUCCGUCGCGAUACUGCACGAUGUCGUCCUGGGUAGCUCUGAACAUCGAGCCCGAUGAAGACAGUGAGGAGGAGAUCGAUGACACGAAGGAGAUCCAGAUUGAGGAGGCGCUGAAGCUGUACCAAAAUGCGCUGAAACUGCAUUCUCAAGGCCCCCAGUUCUACCCGCAAGCUGCGGAGGCGUACAAGGCCCUCUUCAAAUCUGAGAUCUUCAACUAUCCUGAGUCGAUAUCGGACUAUAAACGCACUACGCUUGAACACGAUGGAUUGCCCGAUCAGGUGGAUAUACUGGAUGAGGUGGUCGCGGAGACCGGCGCAUACGAUAUCAACGAGACGUCGAGCACGCUGCUUCAAACCAUCUAUUUGUCCUACAAGAACUACGGGCAGUUCCUUCUGGACUCGCUCAAAGAUUCACUGCAGAAAACCCGAGAAGACAUCAGGGAGGCUAGCCCAAGCUCCGUGGGCGAUAUUGCGACCAAGUCCAAGACGGCCUUGGAGAUGUUCGCGGAGGCGUUGGAGAGAGACGACACGGACCUGGACCUAUGGAGGAAAACAGCCAGGAUUGGAGGCGCGUUGCAGAGCUAUCGAAUGACGAGGUUCGGACUCGAAAGUGUCUUGGAAGACGAGGACGAAGAGCUGAAGGCGCGAACAGCACAGCUGGGAUUGGAGGAGGCUUUCGCCAUGGAGGACCUCCGCGGGACACUUUUAAAACUUGAUGACAGACCAUCGCUAUCGCAGAUUCCAUCGAAGACCCCGAAAAAGGCCCUUCUUAGACUGUUAAGGAGCCAGACCGACCUUUAUCCCUAUCUUCCUGCUCUCUCACACCAGAUCUCGAGCACCGAUCCAAAACACAAACCACUCGCUCCGCCUCCUGUUCGACAAGCAAUAUCGCCUGUUGAUAAGACAUGGGCAGCUGUAGGAAAGGCUAUUCUACAGAUAAUCGUGGACGAGGAGCAGGGGAACACCCACCUUGGACCGGGGGCCGCAAUCGAGAUCCAACUACCAGUUGGAGAGGAACCUUCAGUAGCAGCCUCGAUCGAGGAUCCUGUCGAAACUACGGCACCUGAGAUUCAGACCAAGGUUGAAACAGAGCCUAAAGACGUAGACAUGUUGGCAAACAAUGAGACGCAGCAACCAGAAUCCCAAGUUGCGACGAAAGCCCAGGAUGCUAACGAAGUGGAGACUACUGAGGAUCAUUCGUCCAUUGAUCAACGAGCAGAAACGCAACUUAGAGAAUCUUUGGAGGGUCAAUCAGGACAGCCAAACGAAGACGCCGGUCCGCAAGAGGAGCCGGCUGAUGAAACAGAGUUGAAAUCAGCAUCUGCACCGUCGCGAAAAAGGUCUUCUGGGUCCUUUGGUAAUGACGACGCUGGUGAAAGUGGACGGGCAAAGAGCAGAAGAACUCGUGCCCGUGAAUCUAACGUCGAAGCUGCGCAGCAAGCCGAUGAAGUUACCUUCGACCAGGAAAAGUAUUAUGAAGAUCGACUAGAAGUCUUUUCACAUGCUGACCAGUGGAUGUUCGGUACUGUUGGCUCCCUCCUCUCCAAGGUAGGCGUAGAGGAUUUGGGUUCGAUUGAUGAACUCAAGAGCAAAGUCUGUCUCUUAGACGAUCGCAAGGAAUCCACAAACCUAGCCGCGACUCAAUCGAACACACUUGAGACUAUGCUUUAUCGAGAUCUCCGCAAGUCGUUGAUGAAUUGGGACGAUGAGAGGUCAAAAGCGGUCCUUCAAGGGGACAGCUCCACCGGACUUCAAGACCUUCGCGGAAUGAACAGGUCAGGCUUAGCAAUAUUCCUUGAGCACUCAAGAAAGCCGAUAAAGAAACCUGGACCCGAUAAGGUCCUCUCCGGUGGUGACGGACUCUCCGCCUUUGUACAGUGCGUAAAUGGGGAGUGGUUGCAUUUGCAUGAAGUCGCCUUGAGUUGGCUGCAAAAGCUUCUUAUGCCGGGCAACGGCAGAUUCUCAACAGAUACCAGUGUUCCCAACGGAUCUGGAUGGCCUAAUAUGCAAUCAACUUACACUUCUUCCCUAUGGCCCGACGCCCUCAAAGAGACUGUGGUCCAGAUAUCGAUCCGGGAGGAUGAGUUCAUUUACGGCAGAAUGGUCGAGAGCAUCUCGGAGCUGGAGCAGGAGAUUCUUCGCCAAUCCUCCAAAGGUCCUUUUGAAUACACUCUGAAACACUACUCAGAGAUGGAGAUGAUCCAAACUCUGUAUGAGCUACAUCUGGACGUAUAUGCUCUCAUCAACAACCCCAACAGCGAGGUUGAUGGUGGGACGCGAAUAAUUCAAAAAGAUCGUUUAGCUAGGUGGGGUCUAUUGGCGCGCACUGCUGUCAAUCAUUUCAUGGAUCAUGGAGAUGACAGAGCAUCUCGGACAACUAUUGGUCUUCGUCAUCUGUGGUCAUCUACGUUUCACUCUAACAUGGCUGAGGAUGCAGGGCGAGAGCACAUCCUCCUAUGCCUUCAGGACUUGAGGAACAUCCUGUCAGCUCUGGGGGAUCCUGAGAUCACCCUGCUUAACAAUGCAGUAAUGCCCGAAAUAUCAGCGGCGGCUCUGGAUCAAGAGAUUUCAAGACUCAAUUCAAUGGACUUUUUCAUGAUGAUCUUCGGUUCCGAUUCGAAGGAUCCUGUUGAUCUCAUUGAGAGCAUUGAGCCCAUUCUUGAGCCCUCUUCCGUGCAAUUUAUCGACGGUGAGGACGAAGCUCCAGAGAUUCCCGGCUCUCAUUUACAAGAGAUGGCCUCCUUCCUCGACCGCGGGGAUGCCACGCUCAGACUCUUUCUGUGGCGCAGACUUCAGGAUGCAUAUCGCGCAAUAAAUUAUCCCCCGAAGGUCGUCUCUUGCAACCUUCGCAGCAUCGAAACGAUAAUGAGGGAGCUUCGAAGUCCGUCGCGUACGGAGAUUCCCGAAGAGCAGCGUCAAAUCAACCUGCUUAGAUGGCUGAAAUCAGUCGACGAUGUGCUAGCGAAGACACUGGCGCAGGUCUUGGCUGAACCGGAGAAAUCGUUUGAGUGCAUUGAUGCCGAUCAUUUGCAGUCAUCAAUGUCUGCAAUUGCCCAGCUCUCGAAACUGCUCCAUAGUUUUGCCCUCUACGAAGACUCUGUUCGCGUCGGUCAACUGGCCGGCCCAGAGCUCCGUGGUCAGCUGUCGAAGUCACUCGAGAGCUUUAAAGAUAAACUACGUGACAUGCAAGUAAGAGCAUGGCUCCUACAAUAUGCUCUUCUCAAAGAAGCCAUCAUUCAAAACAAGGAACAAUUUGACACACCUGCUGACGACCGUGUACAUUACUUGCGGUCUGUCCACAAUGCUUUAGGGGUUCGUUCAGCUUGCAAAUAUUCGAGCAAGCAGCUUUUGAGAGUUAUGAAGUCAGAACUACUGACGCUACAAACCGAAGAUAAUUACGACUCCGACAUAUCGCAAGUGUUAUUUGAUCUACAUGGCGUGAAGUUGUCGGCUUACGAUGGAACGGUGGACCACGGAUGUCAUCCAGAGAAGCUGGAUCGGGCGACAGCAGUCAUGAUGAUCGACUUUGUUAUGGCGCAGGCGAACAGGAUGAGUAUUAAGGAUCUCUCGAAAUCGGAACUGAAGUCUACUAUCGACAAGAUGCAGCAGUCUAUCGGCAUGACCAGAGCCUCGCCGCCUCUGUCUUUCAAUAGGAGGGUUGUGUCGGCUUAUCUCAAGUCUCCAAUCAAUCCUUCACAUCUCUUCCGUGCCGUUCAAGGCAUAGGCGAACUUUCCAUGAUACCUGUUCCGACAGAGAGUGCCAAGAUCGCUCAGAAAGGAUGGUAUUUCCUCCUUGGUCAUGCAGCUUUGACGAAAUUCCGCUCUCAGAAGCGCCUGAAUCCGGUCCCAACCAAUGAUCUGGAUGACGCGAUCACUUAUUUCAGACAGGACCUGGAGCACGGGUCAGGGAGAUGGGAGUCGUGGUAUCGACUGGCACAAACCUACGACACGAAACUGGAGGAAGAUAUCACAUGGUCUGCAGAUAAGAUCAACAACAACCGAGCGGAACUUGUCGCUUUACAGCGGAACGCAAUUCAUUGUUACUCCAUGGCAGUCGCCACAGCGAUCCAAAGUGCGGAAUCAACCCCUGAAAAUCGUGCAAUCCUCUCAGAUCUGUAUACUGAUUUCGGAAUUCGCAUGUACUCGUCCUCAAGAGAACCGUUGUCGAUGGGUGCCUUUAGCCUUGCUGACUACACUCGCCAUUUCAGCAAGGAAGAGACCCAGCAGAUGUACAAGGGGCAGCCUUUCAAAGAGAUGCGACUAUAUUCCGUAUGGAACUUUGCCAGCUAUCUUUUAAGGCGAGCGAUGAUCGAUAAGCCUAAGCAAUGGAUGAAUUACUACAUCCUCAGCAAAUGUCUCUGGAAAAUGUUCAGCUGCGACGAUACCGUGAGAGGACCGUCAAAGCGCGUAGAAAUUGACGAUCUAAUUGAUUGUCUGCUUGACGCUAUUGAAGCUCUCCCUCAGAGAAAGGAUAGUCGCUCGGAACCUAUCUUUGAACCUCACUAUAAACUGGUGUCUAUCGUGCAUAAGCUCGUUCGUAGAGGUGUUCUGAAGCCUACUGAAGGUAGCAGCACUCUAACGACAACUCCCUGGGCCCGUAAAGUAUCGCCACCAGCAGAAGAUCUUGAGGUUUGGCAGCCAUAUAUCCUAGAGGUCCUGAAGAAUCUGAGGAAUGCCGAUAAAUCGAACUGGCAUCACCGUAUCGUGGCAAGGACUGCGCAUAUUCUCUACGAUGACCGCAAGGAUGAAUCUGCUGCCGCAAGUGCGAAGCAUGAACUGACGCAGCAAAUAUUCACGAAGACUAUGACUUUGCAAGUCUGGAAGCCAGAAUAUGAGCGACCAGGGAGACAUUUCGUUUACACUACUCGUUAUGUCUAUUUCUUUGUCAGUCUUCUUGAUCAGCUUAACGACAGGGCAAAUCUUGAGCAAUUGCUUCGCCGGGUCAGGAAGAAGCAAGGCGACUUCAUCAACCAUACCAAGCUCUGGGAAGACAUAUGUCUCGUCUACGCGAAGCUUAUUCGACGAGCGGCCGGCAUAUCGGAGGGACAUGAAGAGGGCAUUUUCAAGCCCCUCAGCUGGGAUGAGUUUGUUACGAACACUGCACGCUUGGAUGCCUUGCCCCAACUUCCUACCACAUGCAUGACGCUCCUGGAGUUGAUUCGUGAUGCGGUGGAGUUGAAGAAGCUGAACAACAACCUCAUGAAGGUGACGGUAUUGGAGGAUCUUGUGGCCGACCUAUAUGCUCGACUUUACGAGGUGAACAUCCAUCAUUUCGUUGAGCAAGCGAAGGAGGAGAGUAAAGAAAAGAUGAAGGUCGACCAUGUUCUCAUGACCAAUGACGGUGCUGCUGACACUCCGACUCCUCCCACGUCUGCUCCGCCCUCCGAAGCACCGGUUCCCAGGGGUCGAACCAAGGGUAUCGCUCGAAGAGACAUCCAGAAGAGAGCGGAAGCGAUUGUCAACCGCAUGGUUCCUCGUGCUGCACUACCAAAGCCUGCUGUCCCAACAGAAGGUGAAGGCCCUCGCCAGUCGGUGCCCACAAUUCAAACCACUGCACCGAUUCCUAUCCGCAACAGCGCCCGCGAAGAUGAGCAGCGAGGGCCCAGGGGCAGUCUCCCAGGCAGUGUACAUGACAGCGCCGAUGACGAAAGCGAGCUAAGCGAAAUCGACGAGGAGAGGCUGUCCAAACUCAAUGCUGAACAUAAGGAUCUCUUGUUCCCCAACCUGAACGGACGGUCUCCUGAUCCCACGUCCGAAUUGUCAGCUGUGGACGGCGAUGAAGGGGACGAUGGCGAAGGCGAGGGCGAAGGCGACGGUGAAGAAGAAGAUGAAGAUGAAGAAGGGGACGAGGAAAUAGAGGACGCCGAAGGAGACGGUGAGCAGGCGGAAGAGGGUGCGGAAGGUGAAGGGGUCACAGAACUUGAAGAAGAAGAAGGUCAAGGAGAAGGCGACGGGGACGAGGUAGAGCCUGAAGCCGAGGACGAAGAUGCCGACGAAACGGAACUUGAUCCUAAUGUCGAUGAUGAGGAGACGGAACAACAGGAUUCGACGCAGGAGCAAGGAAAGCCUGAUGAACCCGAGCCCAUGGACACGCAAGCAUCGGACGCUUGAUAUACGCUUUCUUUUUCUUUCGUUAUUGUAUUUUAGCGCUUCUUCGUUUUAUCCUUUGAUAUUGCAUUAUAGGAGAGGGACCCCGGCGUAUGUACCAUACGGCGGCGCGUUGGAAAUUCUGAUCCAGGAACCGGGAAACGGAGGAAGGAAGGUUGCUAUAAAUCAUUCUUUACGGGCAAAAAUAUAGAUUUUUCAAUCACCUAGUAAUAAUCAACCCUGGAAUGCCAGG